AUGAUAAGUAUAAUAUACUUUAUCAUAAUAAAUGCAUUAUCAAGAAUACUACUAAUAAAUCAAUCACAAUCAUCAUCACAUCCACAACAACAAAAGAUUCUACUACCUAAUUCAAACCCAGAACAACUUAACUUACAACUAAAGCAUAUAUUUCAUCAUGGAAUAGGGAAUGAUGACUACAAAAUUCAUAAACGAUUAGAUAUAACUAAUGAAUAUUUACAAAAACAUAAAGAAUAUUUUAUAAAUUUAUCAAAUGAAAUAAGUACACAACAAGAAGAUGAUGAUUUACACGAUUGGCCAUCGAUAUAUAAACAUGAAAAUCCAUUUACAAUAAAAUUACCAUUUAAAUCCACUGAUUCCAUUUCAAAAAGACUUAAAUAUAGAAACGAACCAAAUUUUAUAGAAUCAUAUUUAGAUUAUUCAAGAUCAAUAAAUGGUAACCCCACAUUAUUAAAUAAAAUAGAUUUAGAAUGGAUAGAUGAUGAUAUAACUGUCCCUAAUAUUACAGAUAGAGAUACAGUAAUCACUUUAGCAACUAUAUCAUCAAAUUCAUAUGUACGUUUUCCCAAAGAUGAUGAAGAAAAAAAAAAAUCAGAUUGGAUAGAUGUUGGAGGUUGGGAACCAAAUGAUACUGAUGAUAAUAUAAAUUUUGGAUGGGAGAAAAUAGGAAUGAGAGGUCACGUAUUUGUUAGUAGUGAUAAUAAGACAGUUGUUAUUGGAAUAAAAGGAACUUCUGGAGCUGGAUUACCAGGUGGUGGAAGUGAUGAAACUGCAGGAGUUGAUAAAAUUAAUGAUAAUUUAUUAUUUUCAUGUUGUUGUGCUAGAGUUGGAUAUAUGUGGACAACAGUAUGUGAUUGUUAUGAAAAAGCAUAUACAUGUAAUCAAGAUUGUCUUGAAAAAGAAUUAAGAAGAAAAGAUAGAUUUUAUCAAGCUGCUUUAGAUAUUUAUAAAAAUGUAACAAAAUUAUAUUCACCAGAAACACAUGAAAUUUGGGUUACGGGUCAUUCAUUAGGUGGAGCAAUGGCAUCUUUAUUAGGUAGAACUUAUGGAUUACCAGUAGUUGCAUAUGAAGCACCAGGAGAAAUGUUAGCAACAAAAAGAUUACAUUUACCUCAACCACCAGGAUUACCAAAACAUAUGGAAAAUAUAUGGCAUUUUGGAAAUACUGCUGAUCCAAUUUAUAUGGGAGUAUGUAAUGGAGCAUCAAGUUCAUGUUCAUUAGCUGGUUAUGCAAUGGAAACUGCUUGUCAUACUGGAUAUCAAUGUGUUUAUGAUGUUGUUGGUGAUAAAGGUUGGAGGGUUAAUUUAUUAAAUCAUAGAAUUCAUACAGUUAUUGAUGAUAUUAUAUUAACUUAUAAUGAAACUGCAAAAUGUGUUGAACAACCUCCUUGUAGAGAUUGUUUUAAUUGGAGAUUUGUAAGUCAUAUAGAUGAUUAA